UAGAGACUUUUGGUGGUUGAAUUUAAUACUUCGGUUGGCACCAAAAAAUUGCCCUUGACCACCAACGUUUUUUUGCUGGGGGUCCCCACCAAUAGCAGAAAAAAAAUAAUUCUAUCCCAUGUUACUCCCACAUCCAAACUACUACAGACGAAACGGAUAGGCCCGAGACAUAAACCGCCACAAAACCCAGUGCUUUUUACAGGUACAAGCGAUGGUUUGCUUUAGCGGCUGAGCUUCUGUAACGUCCACUAAAGCCAUUGCUCAGGCCGUGCAGCUUUAGCGAGGGGAUUUUAGUGAGUUUUGCUGAAGCUUCUAAGGCGGCAAUUAGCAUGGAUAGUCUCAAGUAUUUAGUGGGGGAUUUUUGGGGAUCUCCAGCUGUUAUACUUUGGAGAAGCAGUCCGUAAAUAGGUAGAGGCUAGAUAUCAAUUGCUAGACGGCGAUACAUUAAAUAAACUACACCAUCAGGGUCCAUAUUUUGAAAGAGGCGUCAUUUACUUUGCGCCUCGAAUUUAUUCAUCUGUUCUCCUGCCCUUUUGCUAGGAAAAGGCUUAGCUGUCCAAUAAUCCAAAGGGCAAAGACUAAAAACGGACCCUUUGAAAGACCAGGGUCCACUUGACUUCAAAAGUUACUAAGCGCCAUCGGAGAGUGGCUUAUCAGCAAAGUCACAUGACAGUUUCUUAUCAGCUCCCGCCGGCUCAGCUAAUCGCUCCAGCCAGGCCAAGCCAAUGCAAGGCUGCGCAAACAAUUUUUGAACGACCGCAGUUCUCCCCGACAAGCGGAAACUCGACGAAGAAAAAAAAAAAAAAAAGGGACCACGGCCACGACAACGCGCAGUCCUUGCUGCCUUGUGUCGAAUUACUCGUUGCGUAAUCGCUCGCUUCCGAAAAAACACAGCCGACGGAUAAAUAAACACUCGAAUCCAAGAUGAUUGACGAUUUGCCCAACGAUGCCAAGUCCAAAGAGGUUGUGAGACUCUGGCGCGCGUGGAGGACUGUUCACGAGAUGGUUGCAGACCGGGAGUACGAGCUUGCCGAAGACGAAGUCAGCAUCUCCCUGGAACGGUUCCGCGACGAGUACUGCCACCCCGACGGCAGCGUAAACCGCGCCAAACUCCAAUUCUCCGCCCGUCCAAGCGACUCCAUGCUCCGCAAAAACACCCCUCCCGCCACAGCCUCCAACCCCGACCCCGUGCCCGACUGCGGCCCCAUCUGGGUCGAAUUCCUGACGGACAAGCAGUUUGGCGUCUCGCAGAUCCGCAACUUUGCAAAGUACACAAUCACCAACAACUACAAGACGGGCAUCAUGGUGACCCCCGUGGCGCUGUCGCCCGCCGCGCGCAAGUCGCUCGCCUCGGUCGAGAACCUGGCCAAGAUUGAGUGCUUCCUCGAGGACGACCUGCUGGUCAACAUUACGCACCACGAGCUGGUGCCGCGGCACGUGCUGCUCUCCCGCGAGGAGAAGAUUGCGCUGCUGAAGAGGUACCGCCUGAAGGAGACGCAGCUGCCGCGUAUCCUGCAGAAGGAUCCCGUGGCGCGGUAUCUAGGGCUCAAGAGGGGACAGGUUGUCAAGAUUAUCCGAGUUAGUGAGACGGCUGGUCGAUAUGCCAGUUACCGGUUGUGUGUCUAAGAAGUUUUUUUUUUUUUUUUUUUUCGAUCGGGGGAGUGUGUGCAGUUUGUCAAGAUGAAAAGGGGGGGGCCGCCAAAGACUUGACAAGACACAAAACUUUGGAAAGAAGCGUGCCCUUUGCAAGUUUGCGUGUGAUGAGAAAGAGAGAAAGAAGGAUGGGAAGAAGAAAGAAAAGAGAAAGCUCAAGUUUGGAUUUUCACAAAAAAGUCCAAACUGAAAAGAGCAGCUGAAGUUGAGCAGCGGGACGGACGAACGCUGUUUUUGACAUGAUGUUUUUGCAUUUGCAAGAGUGAAAGCUGGCGUUUUUUGGGGGGAAAACUUAAUUAUUAGAAUUACGAGAGAAACAAACCAACCAAAUUCAAUAAAAUACCAACGUCUAUAUAUAUCUUGACAACCAAGGCUUGCAAUUGAUCAAAUCAUGCCUACAAAAUAAUCCCAUCUUAUUUUCCCUAUAUAUACCUAGUAAAGUCGAAUUUUACUGACAUGGAUAUGCAUUGUGGCCCCUGAGAUUUAUAUUCUCAAGCAUGAACCACAAGUCCCAGAUGCUCAGAGGCCAAAAGAAGGAUCAAACUGAAGCUCAUCAGUUAUAAUCAUCCUCCAACCCAUACAGAUUCCGGUGAACUUGUCAUUUCACGAAUAUAUUUCUAAUACCAUGUCGCAACUCCAUGAACCAAUCUCAAACAACGUUCAGUUCAUACAUGUACACGCAUAACAGUAAAGCCUUGGAAUGCCUCAGUUGAGAUGCAGGCACUUCUCGUCUAUUUUCACAUAUGGCUCCGCAAAGUCUCCGCGGCUUGGAUAUCAAAACAAACAUACAGAUUUCAAUCUCGUUAAUUAGUUACUUGUUCACAAUGAAGCACGCGACCAAGUACGUUUUGAAUGGUAUUUCAAUUCUUCAACGUAUAGCUAAUCUCUCACUACCUCUUCCAUUGUCCCACUGUCAAAACAUCUUUCUCGAUGUUGAGGGGAUAUGCACAUACAAUACAUCUCUUCGCAAAACAAAACGGUGUUUGUCACCGGGGUAUAUGCAACCAAGUACCAGAACAGUAAGAAAAGAGAAAAAAAGAAAAAAGAAAAAAAAAGUUCAGAAAACCACGCAGUAGCCGCCAAAUCCCACCAGCUCCAAAUCGUCAGCCACCCCUUGUCUAAAACUUGCCGCAGAAAUACCAGCUAGCGAAAACCGCGAGGGGGGGAAAAAAGAAUAAGGCUCCAGAAUUCUCUCCCAUAGGUACUGUUGUUUCUUGACGCCAUGUAUGGGGGCAAAAGGGGGGAGAGAAAAGGGUGCCGUGUAUAUAUAUGUAUAUGCAUAUGUGUAUAGAAGGGAAUACCUCCGUAAACGCCAUUGCCUGACGAGUCAUAUCUAAAGAUAUAUAAAGAAAAAAGAAAUAAAUGAGAGAAAUAAGCAGAUUAUUUCUCAAAAAAGGGAUUAAAGAGAUUCGUGAUAAAAGUCGUAGAUCAAGUCGUCAUAUGAUUCGAAUUAGAUAAAAAGGCAAGUGGGAGCGGUUGCCGUAGGAUGCAUGCAUCUUGUUCAUCAUCGCAAGAGGCCACCAGGGUCAUUGAGAACAAGAUCAGAGCCUUCGCCUUGGGAGG